CUUCCUCUCCUCCUCUUCCUCUCUGUCAGGACUUUUCGCGGCUCUGCGGAUUUUAAAGUCACGUUUUUUCCUGCAGCGGUUUUCGGAGCUUGAAGCGUCUCAGAGAUUUAAAGUUUGAAUUUCUCUCCGUUUUCUUCCUCGUGAUUCCUUCUGUUCUUCUUCUCUUUCUGACUGAUGUGUUUGCUGGAGGAGAGGAACCCUGCAGGUGGAGGUGAAAGUUUUCUUCAACCACUUUGUGUCGAGUCAAAAUGACGUUUAAAGGAGCUUGAGGAAUAAUGAUCUUAUCUUCUAAUUAUCUUCUAUUUUAUCUCUUGUUCUUUCUUUCGUUUUUUCAUCUAAAAUCACAUUUUUUCAUUCGAAUGAGACCAGAAAGCCUCAAAACCCUGAAGAAGAGUCAAGACAAAAAAAACAUAGAAGAUUUUUGCGCUUUGAAGAAAUAAUGGUAAUUUCUUAAGUAAAUAAACUCAAGUAGCCCUGAACCCCCCUCAGAAUCUGGAGGAAACUAAAGAAUCUGACAAACCUCAGAUUGACUCUAUGGUCCCUGAAGAUUCUGAGAAACCCAAGAAGAACCUUGAGGAGCUUCGAAGAAUCACAGAGGAACUUGUAGAACCCUCUGAAAUAAACAAGAUCCAGGCAGAGACUGAACUGUUUCAAGGAGCUGCAGAGGACUGGUAUCUAACUUGCGGAAACCUGAGAAUCUGUGGAACCUUUUAAUUACCUUGGAGAACCCCAGAAAAACUCUUUGCAGCCAACAGACCCUGAGAUAAUCUGGGGGAAUUCCACAAAUUUAGUUUUUUGAGGAACCCGACAGGGAAUCUCAAAGUCUGGGGGUCCUAGGAACCCUAACAAAUCCUGAGAACUCCUCACACAGGGACCCCCACAGGAUUUAUGGGCACCUUACGGGACCUGCAGUACGCCCUCCAGGAGAAGAUCGAGGAGCUGAGGCAGCGAGAUGCCCUGAUCGACGAGCUGGAGCUGGAGUUGGAUCAGAAAGACGAGCUAAUCCAGCGACUGCAGAAUGAGCUAGACAAGUACCGGUCUGUGAUCCGGCCGGCCACUGUGCAACAGGUCCAGGCCCAGCAACAGAGCCUGGUCCUGCAGCCGGACCAGCACCGCAGCAAGAGGCAGGCCAUCUCCGCUGAGCCCACGGCCUGUGACAUCAGCACCCUUAGCCACGUCACCCUGCCAUUCUACCCCAAGAGUCCUGAGUCGAAGGAGCUGAUCAAAGACGCCAUCUUGGACAACGACUUCAUGAAGAACCUGGAGCUGUCUCAGAUCCAGGAGAUCGUGGACUGCAUGUCCCCGGUGGAUUAUGGUAAAGACGCGUGCAUCAUCAAAGAGGGCGACGUGGGCUCGCUUGUUUUCGUCAUGGAAGAGGGGAAGGUGGAGGUGACUAAAGAGGGGAUGAAGUUGUGCACAAUGGGGCCAGGAAAAGUAUUUGGAGAACUCGCCAUCCUCUACAACUGCACCCGCACUGCUACUGUCAGGACUCUGAAACAUGUGAAGCUCUGGGCCAUCGACCGCCAGUGUUUCCAAACCAUCAUGAUGAGAACUGGACUCAUCAAACACGCAGAGUACAUGGACUUACUGAAGAGUGUUCCGACCUUCCAGAGUCUUCCAGAGGAAACUCUCAGUAAAUUGGCGGACGUCAUGGAGGAGACGCACUAUGAAGACGGAGACUUCAUCAUCAGACAAGGCGCCCGUGGCGACACCUUCUUCAUCAUCAGUAAGGGAAAGGUGAACGUGACCCAGGAGGACUCAGCCAAUCAGGAGCCAGCUCACCUCCGAGAGCUCGUCAGAGGAGACUGGUUUGGAGAGAGAGCGCUGCAGGGGGAGGACGUGAGAACAGCUAACGUCAUCGCAGCCGACACCGUCACCUGCCUGGUCAUCGACAGAGACUCAUUCAAGCAUCUGAUUGGUGGAUUAGACGACAUCUCAAGUAAAAGUUAUGAGGACGCUGAAGCUAAAGCAAAAUACGAGGCGGAGAAUGUCUUCUUCUCCAGCCUGAAGCUGAAGGACUUCAACAUCAUCGACACGCUGGGAGUUGGAGGAUUCGGACGCGUGGAGCUGGUGCAGCUGAAGAACGAGGAAGCAAAGACGUUCGCCAUGAAGAUCCUGAAGAAACGACACAUCGUCGACACGAGACAACAGGAACACAUCCGCUCUGAGAAAUACAUCAUGACGGAGGCUCACUCCGACUUCAUCGUCAGGUUGUAUCGGACGUUUAAAGACAGUAAAUAUCUGUACAUGCUGAUGGAGGUGUGUCUGGGAGGAGAGCUGUGGACCAUCCUGAGAGACAGGGGCUCGUUCGAGGACUCGACCACCAGGUUCUACACGGCCUGCGUCGUAGAAGCCUUCGCAUACCUGCAUGCCAAAGGAAUCAUAUACAGAGACCUGAAACCUGAGAACCUCAUAUUGGAUAGUCGAGGAUACGCCAAACUGGUUGACUUUGGUUUUGCCAAGAAGAUCGGUUUCUGUAAAAAGACGUGGACGUUCUGUGGGACGCCAGAGUACGUUGCUCCGGAGAUCAUCCUCAACAAAGGUCACGAUGUGUCGGCGGACUACUGGUCUCUGGGUAUCCUGAUGUUCGAGCUUCUGACCGGCAGUCCCCCGUUCUCAGGUCCAGACCCAAUGAAAACCUACAACAUCAUUCUGAGAGGCAUCGACAUGAUCGAGUUCCCCAAGAAGGUCAGCAAGAAUGCCGCCAAUCUCAUUAAGAAGCUCUGCAGAGAUAAUCCGUCAGAGAGACUCGGAAACCUGAAGAACGGAGUCAAAGACAUUCAGAAGCACAAGUGGUUUGAAGGUUUUAACUGGGAGGGUCUAAAGAAACGAACCCUGACUCCACCUAUCACACCUGACGUUUCUUCUCCAACCGACACCAGUCACUUCGACAGUUUCCCUGAAGACACGGACGAUCCGCCUCCAGACGACAACACUGGAUGGGACUAUGACUUUUAAAGUCCCAACCACCGGAUUAAACACAGACACAAAACCUGAAGCUCUACGAGGACAAAGAAGACGACUUCUCUCUCAACUGUGUCUCUACCUGAAGAACCUGGGGUGUUUUGAGUAUGGCUGGACCAUGUGGGAAUCAAACCCUCAAUGUUUUGUCACCACAUCGUGUCCCCAAAUUAACUGAGCACUACAUGUGCAGAUUUUCACAAAUGAAAGUGGACUGGAGGACUUUGUGGAUCAAACAGGUCCAGUCUGUUCCCUUUAAUGGGAGACAUCAUGAGCACUCACUUCCUUUUCAUGUCAGAUGUCAGAUUUACUUAUGUCUUGUCCAAAAGGGACAAGUGUCUUCUUAGCUUUUCAAGACGUGGUCGUCUUCGCUGCUUCAUAGUUAAGAAAACUGCCUGAAAUCUGAAACAUCCAGAACAAACCUGCUUCCUUGUUUUACUCUGGAUAAACUUUGUUCUUCCAUCAGGCCCCAGUGUGGGUUUCACCUUAUGUCCCAUAUAUUUUCAUUUGAUCUAUUACUUCAGAGAAAUCGCUCCUGAGAAUUAAGAUUAAAUCACGUGUGUUCCUAUUCUGCUAAACACUGUAACACUGACAAACUGGGAACAUGAUCUUUGUUCCAUGAAUCUAAAGCAAAAGUGCAGAAAAGAACGAUUAGGACUCAGAGGAACAUGAAUCCAGGAAAACCCAGAUUAAAGCCUCUUGUGAUGUUUCACGAUGCUGCGACGCUCAGAAGAAGAACAGUUCUUCAGUUCUACAGAAAUCUGCUGAUUAAAUCUGAUUAUCUGAUUAUCUGGAGCCUGAAGCUUGUCCGGAGGCGUCCAGUAGAAUCCGGUCAUCACAGAGUGGUUCCCAGAGGAAUGACCACGGCUGGAUUCUCAAAUGAGACGUGAGAAACUGUCCUAGAGCCCCAGAACCUCAUCACAUUUCCUCUGUGGCUUUUCGGUCAUUUGGAGUUGUUGGGAAAUAUUUGCCGUUAACGCACAAUUUAAGUCUGAAAUCUCAAAGACUGCACUUUAAUAUCUCUGUUGUUAUUUUAACAUGGAGCAAAUGAUUCUACAAACGUAUUUUCAAUCUCUUGAGUCAGUUCACCUGGAGCAGUCGUUUCUCACAAAUAACUUUGGCAACAGAAGCUCACAUGUUAAAACCAAGUUUGACCAAAGUCGAGUUUCUCGUUUCCUGUUUUCCCUUCAGCUCCCCCCUGUGGACAACACAGACACUGCAGCCCACAGAAAACCUCCGCUCCUGUCAAGUGUCCUUUCAUCACUGGCUGACACUUGAACUUUGUGUCUACUUCCUGUCCCUUGGACAUCUGGAGUGUGAGCUGAAGGUUCGUCUCUGGACGAUGUACGAGUUCAUCUUGAGGUCACUGUGAUGCCUUCACUCCUCAUUUCAGUUGUGGGAUUUUAAAAACCAAGAUUAUGAAGAAACAUUUGGGUGUAGGAGCUGCUGUUGCCCCCUAGUGGAAGAUGGGGGAACAUUUCUACUUUGAAUCUAAACAGAUAUUUUGUACAUAUCCUCUUGACUUCCUACAUAUCUUUGCACACAUCCUCAGACACGUGCACAAUCACGUCUGUUUCUUCAAGUUUGUUUUUCGGACGUCGCCAAAAAUAAUCUGAAGCUUUUGGUUGAAAUAGUAUGAAGACAUUUUCUCCAAGGCUCAGCGAUGACACUUCCAUGGUUAGAAAAGAAAAGAGCCCUUCAGAUGGUCAGGUCCAUUAUUUUAUAUCUAUUAUCUCCUCCAGAGUUUCAGCCGUCAUGCGUCAGAACGGACAAAGUUCCUCUUUAAAUGUCAACAUUUAUCAAACCAACGAAACGAAACACAAAACUAUUCACUUUACUGUCGACAACAAAGAGAAUGUGCAAACAUCUGAAAAAGUUGGAACCAGCAAACAUUUAAAAAUAACGAGUUUAUCAAAUUGAUAAAUUUGUCAGCCUCAUGAUUUCUCAGUUAAUCAAUUCAUCGACAGAAUAACCAUCAGAGUUGAAGGAGACGUGAUUAUCUACGACUGAUCAUGUGACUCGUGGUUUGUGCUGCAUCCACAGAGUUGAAGUUUAAAAUCAUAUGAUGAUAUUUUGUGGCCUUUUGUAAAAGCUGCUCGUUGUUUCACGUUGGUAUGAAGCCUUUUUAUUCACAGUCUGAUCACGCUGAGAUAUUUUUGGGAUUUCUGUGAGCUCUGCAUGAAAAUAACAACGUGAAAGAAUUUGUCACAUUCAAGGAAAAAUUUUAGUUUUGAGAUGUUGAUGUGGUUCCACAGCAGGAGUCAGAAUGUAGUUAGCCUAGCUUAGCACAGAAUGGACAGUCAAAUGUUUCCCCCAACGUCUCUCAAACCUGACAAACCCGUAUGUCGUGUUAAGAACAUGUAGGAAAUAUAUUUAAUCAUAAUCAAACAAAACUAAUAAUAAUAAAAUAUUUCAUGGUGGGAAGCCAGUGAGGGAUCGUGGUCUUGUUCCUGGUUCUGAGAUCCCAGCGAACAGGUUUUAUCUCAUUUGUGAAACACAAACAAAAAGAUGUGAAAUAAGCUCGUGUGUCGUUACCAGGCUGGUUUCAAAAUAAUGAAAAAUGAAAAACGUACAAAUUGAUUCUUUGAUUAUAUUUAGUGUUUUUGAGUUUGUGUAAUG